AACGUGUUGCGAACAUAGCUCAGCGGUUGCAGACAGCAGAGUAACGUUACUGAGUAGCAGAGAGCAGAUUGCUGAGAGAACUUUGUAGCCUUAACUACUUUAACGUGUCAUAGUCUCUACCCAGUAACGGGAUGGAGGCCCAACCAGAGGAGACGGCUGUGGUACCGGAGGUUCUGCAGAGCUCAGCAGAGACACACGGAGAGGAACUGGAACUUAACGGCGGUACCAGCACCGAGCACCUGGAGGACGGACACACAGCUGAGACAGAACCUCAGGGACUGACCUCCGUGACCUCAGACAGCCGUUUACCGGGAGACUUAACGGGAGGAGCAGAGGAGAUGGAGGUUACAGAGAAUCUCAGCUCUGUCUCGAGCUCCGAGCUGGGAGACGGAACUACACACACACACCUCCCCCAGGACCUCCCCCAGGACCUCUCCCAGGACCUCCCCCAGGACCCCUCUCAGGACCUCCCCCAGGACCCCCCCCAGGUACUGCUGACGUUACAGGACGGUAUGUGUGUCAGGGACCAGCGGGACGGCAGCAGCUCCUCCUCAGACAGUGAUUCAGACUCCUCUUCCUCCGGUGUGACGCUGGCUGUUGUGUUAGGUCAGGAAGAUGAUGAUGAUGAUGAAGGCUUCAGUCGGGCAAGGAAACCCUGUGCCAUCAAAACCCUGGACGAGACCCUGCCUGAGGAGUUGCCUGCCUGUCGGGAGUUUACUGUUGUUCUACAGAGGAGGGCGGAGAUACUUGCCCUAGGAUCAUGUCAAGCAGUAUCAUCCAACAGCUGG